GUGAUCUGCCCACGGGAGAAGGCCUGCCAUGGCCUGCCCCCUCUCGCUCGACCUGCACCUUCCGCGCGGAAGGUGCCGCCGCGAUGCGGCCUCGACGGUGGCCGCCCGGCCGCAACGGAGGCGGCGGCGGCAAAGCGGCCCCUGCCUCUGGGAAGAUGCGGAAGGUGCAGGUCGAGGGCGCCCCUCUCCCCUGAGCGACUUUUUGGCACUCCCAGGGCCCGGCGAUGGCCCUGGGAGAGGCUGCAGAUCGCGAAAACCGACUCGUUGCCUUUGUCUCAUGGCCCCAUCGGUGGUCUGGGCUCGCCGCUCGUGAUCGCCUCCCUCCGGGCUCGGCCGCCGAAACACGGCGCCCGCGGCGCUUCUCAUGGGGCAGCGCGUUACCACUUGCGCGGCCGCCUGCCCCGCCGGCGCCGGUGCCGGCAGCGCGCCCAUCGCAGUGCGGGGCGCCCGCCUGCCGCGGGUGCUCGCAGCCAAGGAGUCCAGACAUGCCGCAGCCUGGGCGUUUCCAGCAGAUCUCGGGGACAUGCCGCAGCAGUCUGGGCCUCACGGCCUCGGAGACAUCUGCCGGGAGCGAGGAUACGUUUCCCUCUUCACCGGAUUCCGGCUUUGGGCGGCAGACCUCGGCGCAGACCGCGGCGUCGAGCUCGUCAUUCUCGAGCUGGGUGGACUCGCUGAAAGCACAGGAGAAGCGACGUGUGCGCUCUGAGGCAGAGGUGCGUAACUUCCUCCAGGCACACGGCUUCUCCGACGUCAACCAGCUGCGGCAGACCUCUCGCUGGUGCGCCUCGUCUGCUUGCCGCCCGCUCCAUGUGGCCGUCUCGCUGGGCGACAAGACGAUCGUCCAGCUGCUGCUCCUGCACGGCGCUGAUCCCACGCUGCCCGAUGCCGCUGGCUGUCUACCAGGCCACAGGCGCGGGGCAAGAAGCAAGACGGCCCAAUGCAGCUCGGAGGAACGGGAGGAGGCGAGGCGGGCGGUGAAAGCCGCAGCGGCCCGCUCGCGGAAAUGGUGCGAAGGCCGCCGCUCACAGGACCGCCUGCUCGAGCUGUUCCGCCGGGACCCGCUGCUAGACGGAUGCGCCAAGGCUUAGAGCAGGCAGGUUGUGGCGCCCGCGGGAGACCCAGGCCUGCACGAGGGGAGGGGAGGUCGGGGCAGGACGCGGGAUCCGUCCUCGGUUGGCGGCAACGAGGACCAGAGGGAGGCUUCCCGGCUUCCCGGAGGCCCGCCCUGGCUCGAAGAGCCAAGAAGCGGCACGGCCACGCAUGCGUGCUGCAGGCCCGCGCGUGGCCUCUUUAGUCCAGCUCUGAGACCUCCCAGAGAGCCGAUCGAAGGAGGCUGGGGAGCCUGUGCAUCUGCCGCCUCCGUCGUCGACACGGGCAUCAGCUUUUGCUGGCAAUAGCAGGGAGGGGCCAUUCUUCCCAUCGUUUGGGAAGCAGGCAUAUGCUCUCAUAACUCGCAUAGAUCCCAGUGGCAUGUAUUACUCGAGGGCUCUGAGCACCAUCUUUCGGAGGUCCUCGCGGAUUUCUCGAGACGGUGCUGGGCCACCCCUUGGCCCGCUUUCCGCGCCAGGGGAGGGCCCCCUAGCGCUGACCCAAGAAAUCUGCGCGGACCUGCGAAAGUUUGCCGCCUGCGCUGCCUUGGAAAAGAGUGCAACCCUUGCGCGUGGUCAGUCUUUCCGUGCCCCUUCAGUUUCAGUGCUCACGCAGGGCCGCCGUGUGAUUCGACUUUCCUGCCGUCGGCCGCAGCAACACUGAGAUCGGGCGGCGACUGAGCAGACAAAACAUACGGAAGCCACGGAAUGAAAACGGCCCUGCCGUUUUUGAGUCCCUUUCAGUGAAAGGUCUCGAAAUAUGAAUGCAUUUCUUUUUCCAGGGGGGCGUAAGUCUGUCUGUGCAUGUCCUAUAUGUACCAUCUGCUCUCGUGCAUGAUGUGUCUUUUGCCGAGAGGCGUGCUCUGCAGACGGGCUGUUGAUUAUGCACUUGCCCGCUUGAGCCAGCCCUGACUCUGGUCGGUACCUUCGGUGUGCAGAACUCGGUGCCGCCGGAUUUUUUUACCCUCAACUUUGUAAGCACUGCGCCACCUGCGCGCGAAUCUCCGGGGGGGGCAGUCGAGACAGCGCGGGCCCUCCUGGCGUGUCUCGUCAUCUUCGGGCCUCCUGGAGGGUUCCCGUCGCCAAGGCCGGGUCUGCCUCGAAAGGUGGGUCAGAUGUUGAGCGGAUUCGGGCCCUGCGGGGGAGUUGCCGUUCUCGCAACUGGCCCUCUUGUUUCUGCUGGAAUUUAUUUUUCAAGCACCUGUGCGCUGUGUGCGCGGGCCAGGUGAGCUCUGACUGCCCCCUCUUGGGGUAAAUCUUUCAUGUCUGUCACGCGCAGUUGCCGCGGCAUCC